GACUUUGUGCUGCUGGGGAAUUUGUUGGAAUAUAUAAGACAGUCCAGCUAUAAAGAAAUACCAAUUAUCUACAUGAGACAUCAACAAAAUAAAACUUCCACUCUAACUGGUAGCAACCAAAAUAAGUUUUCAUAUACCUCUGCUCUGUUUUAUUUAAAAUAAUUAAACAGAAUGGAAGUUUACCAUUUACUUCAGUGAGGGCAAAUAUCCAAUCCUAAAGCUGCAGUAUUCUCCCAACCAUUCUCUGUCUUGACUGGUAACUUGAUACAGAACAUGCCGACAGGAGCAUUAGAAAUCCAUAGAGCGUUUAUAUAUAUUUAUUCUAAUGCAUUGAUCAUUCUUAAUAAACCAUUUAAGCUUAAACUAAGUGAUAGAUACUACAACAUUCAGCAAUCUUUUGGGGCCUUUCAUUGCAUAGCUUUCCUCUGUUUGUAAAGAUGGGCUUCAGUAAACAGGCUACAGGAUAUUUCUAAUGACCUUUAACAACACUUGUCUGGUGCUUUUUGUGUUCAAAGCACUAAACAGGCAUAAACUAACUGAUUAAUCCUCAUAACAUCCCUUAUCAGGCAGUGGGGUAAGCAGCUUCAGUGAACAUCUGGCUUGGUAAUAAGAAGAAAAGUCCUCAACUGUUUAAACUGGAUAUAUAGAAACAAGCAUAUUGGGCUAAAUGAAUCCUACAUCAAUAAAGUUACGUUCAAGAUGAAUUUGGCUGUGUGUGUGUAAGGUGAGAGGCGGGGUGUCAGAGUUCUAGAUACUUAUUCAAAUUACUGAAACCGGGUUUUAAAAUAAAUUGAAACUACUACAGGGAACAGCGACCCUUUCUGUUGAGAAUGGACAAUGACUAUAACAAAUUUGCAAAAUCCCCAUGAAGUAAGGGCUGAAAUAACCAGAUGUACAAUAUAAUUGACCUUAAAAAAACAUGCACCCAUUAUAACCAACUGUGCAUAAAUGCUCAGCACAUCUCUCCCUGUCCCCAAAGUAGCUGCUAACAUGUAGUGGUGAUGUGUUCCCUGAUUCUGUAUGCUGCAUUUUAAUGUAGUUCCUUGUAUCCAAUUAUGCGUUGAUAUGUUUUGUACAGAUUCCCCUCAGAGGUAGGGAAGGAAAACAAGACCCCAACCCCGACUACUUUGAGUAGAGAGUAGGAGUUUAGGGAAGAUUCGUUUAAUCAAGCAAAGACAAAACUGACAUUUCAGGCAAUUGUAUCCAGCGUGGGGGGGCUCCAUGCACAUUUCUCUUAGGAAGUGGCAGUGGGAGGCUAGCAGGAUUGCGGCAGCUUGGUCUUGCUCCAAUGGUUUGUCCAGGGAGCGAUUCAUGUUUCCCCUAAGGCUGCCUCUCAUUAGCAUGAACCAGGGGGAAGGGCAUAAAAGACUCCAGUUCAUUUAGAGUCUGGAAAAGGUUUCCUUCAGAAUGACAACCAAAGCAUUCUGGCUCCUCUGUUUUGUCAUGGGACCAUCGUCCAACUUGGUGGCAGGAUACCUGCCCUAUAUCGGAAAACCCAUUCGGGCACUCAGCAAGGAUGGGUACAGUGCAGCAGACUCCACACCAAGCCAAGCUAAGUUCCCAUUUAGAGGCAGCAGUGUUGGUGAAGAGAAUCAAACAGAGCAUUGGUUGCUGUCUCCAGCUAACCUCCAGUGGCCAAAAGCUGCUGACAUCCUCUCAGUCUCACCAGAGAAAAAGAAAAAGGCCAAGACCUCAGUGGAAAACAAUACAGGGCUGAGGAAAGAGCCUCACCAGGAUGGCAGGGUCCUGGCUUCCGAGAGCCACAUGGAGGGACCUCCUUCUGCUUCUUUUUACUUCAAUCAUGCAAACAGAAUGCAGGCAGAUAGGUUUCAGUCCGAGUCAGCGAACAGCAUCUCAGCACGCUUCCACCAUAGAGCAUUUUCCCAUUAUAAAGGCAGAUCCUUGACUUUAGCUGAGAUGCAUCCUUUCCAAGACACAGGGGCAGUUGAGACAGAAGAUCCCAAUAUGGUGGAUCACCUCAACCAACCUGGCAAGAUGAAUCCCUACAAACAGCACGACCCUAUAAGAAACGUCAGCAAGCCCUCCUGGGUCACCAACCGCCAGUCAUCGAGCCUGCUGUAUCACUUCAACGUGCUAAAGAAAGUUCUAGAUGCUGACAACAAGGAGAAGGUGUGCCUGACGGAGUGCAGGAGGGAGAAGGAUGAAGCAGAGGCUUUCUGUGUGAGUGAAUUUGGAAGUAGAUACAUUGUGAUGGGUCAGAUCUACCACAAGAGACGGCAGCUACCUGCCCUUCUGCUGCAGUUCCUGAGAGGGCGUCUGCGGCCAGGAGAUGGGCUGCUAAGCAGCGGCAGCAACUAUGUAAAAAGAUUCAACAGGAAGAGGGAUCGUAAAGUUCAAGGGGUAGCUCACACCAAGUGUGGAUGAGGCUAUGGUCCUAACUGCUUUACUACGGCAUAAGCAGCGCUGGCAGUCAGCUAGCAGAACAAAACUGGUCUCUCCUUGAAUUGAGUCUGACCUUCCUGCCAUAGUAAGGAUCCUCUUCGAGUGACUACAGCUCAGCUCUUGCUUAAUUCUGUCUCCAGUACUGAUGAACACCUGGUGUCUUAUAGGGUUUACAAAACAAUGUUUCCUUCAAAGGUUCUGGUUAUAUACAGAUACCAAUAUAGUGUGCAAAAAGAAGAAAAAAAACAACAACCAACGACCCACAGCCUAGGAAUCAAACCUAUUCACUCACUGUAGAGAACAUUAACUGGUUAGUGGAUUUCCCUUUAAAUAUAGGUUAUCCUUUUUGUAAUACAUAAUUUAAAUCCUAAUAUUUGGAAAAUAACCCAUUAUGAUUAUUUUUAGAGCUAAAUUCUUUUGUCAGCACCUCAUGUAUAUCAGGAGUAACUGGAGUCACUCUGGCUUUACACCGCUUUAACUGAGAACAGCUGUCUCUUACUGCUUAGAUUAAUAUUCAGAACUGUGUAUUUCAUAGUAUUAAAGUUCUCAGUGCAACGAGAUUAUAAAAACGAGCAUUCAAACCCUAACUCUGUAACGUGUUGCAUGAUCAUUUGUAGCUCAACGGCUGCACAGCAUAAAUACGUAGACAUUUGUUUUGAAACACUAUCAAAUUAAGAAUUCUGACAAAUAAAAUUUUUGCAGCACUUUGGUUUCCUCAAAGUACAUAAGACUGUUUUUUUAAACAAUGUCUAAUUAUACCAUUUUUCUCAAAUAUAAGGGACCAGAUUUUUCUGGUCAUUUAGAAACAUGUUCAACAUACAUAUGCCACAGCACACCUUAUUGGAGCCUACACAUAUGCUCGGAGAUUGAUCCAUUUGUAGAUUCCAAGGCUAGAUGGCACAAUUGUGAUCAUUUAAGUUGACCUCCUGCAUAACACAGGACAUACAACUUCCCCAAAAUAAUUCCUAAAGCUUUUUCUAAAACAUCCAUUCUUGAUUUUAAACUUGUCAGUCAGUGAUGGAGACUCCACCAUGACCCUUGGUAAAUUGUUCCAAUGUUUAAUUACCCUUUUAAAAAUUUAUGCCUUAUUUCAUUAAUUGAAUACAAAUCAUGCACAAAUAGCCAAUUAGUAUGUGUAGUUACCUAUUUGCAUGUACAAAUUAUGGUAUUGAGGCAUGCAACUCAGUCAUGCAAUUGCAUACACAUUUUGCAUGCCUAAUUACUCUUCUGAAGUGGAUGUUCAACCCUGAAACUAUUGAGUGUAUUUGGUAUAAUUUUUCUAUGAAGACAAGUGUAUGAGGUUUAUAUCUGCAAACCAGUAAAGCUACCUUUGAAUCA